AUGGAUCCAACACACAAGCUAGUGUAUGUACAUCAGGUCACUGUGGAAACCCUAGCAGGGCCAGGGCAGCACGGGUUCGUCAUCAACGUGUUGUCUGACGAGAGCUGCCCCGGGCUGCUUGUUUCUAUCCUGGAGGCGUUUGAUGAGAUGGGCCUCAGCCUACUCCCAGCCACGGGAGAGAUGCAGAACCAGGUGGAUAAUGUGGAUGAGCAUGUCGUGAAGCAAGCCGUGCUCCAGGCCAUCAGGACCUGCUCAUCACAAGGCUGUCGCCAACAACAAGAGUAG